UGCUGCUGCUGCAAAGUUGGGCAGCUAAGCUCUGCUCCAAAUUGCAGAGAAGGAUGGAGGGCUCCAAGGGGCUUUAAAGGGGGAAAGAGGGAAGGAAGAGAUGAGGAGGAAAGGGGCAAGGAGGAGGCAAAAGAGGGGCUGAGAGCCCUUGGAGGGAUCUCCCAGAGGAAGGAAGAAGGAAGAAAAGUUUGUGGAUCACUUUUGUGGAGGGCGGUCUUUGAUUGUAUUUCAUAGUCUCCUUGAGGGGGGGACCCCCAGAAGAAGCCCCAGGCAAGACUUGGGAGCUUCUUUGGAGAGGACCAUGCGCCAAGAUGUCUGACAAAAUGUCCAGCUUUCUGUACAUCGGGGACAUCGUCUCCCUCUACGCCGAGGGCUCCGUCAGUGGCUUCAUCAGCACCUUGGGGCUGGUGGAUGACCGAUGCGUGGUUCAACCAGAGGCAGGUGAUCUUUGCAAUCCUCCCAAGAAAUUCAGAGAUUGCCUUUUUAAAGUGUGUCCUAUGAAUCGAUAUUCUGCACAGAAACAAUACUGGAAAGCUAAGCAAGCUAAACAAGGGAACCACACAGAAGCAGCCCUGUUGAAGAAGCUACAACAUGCAGCAGAACUGGAACAAAAGCAGAAUGAAAGUGAGAACAAAAAGUUGCUGGGGGAAAUUGUGAAGUACAGCAAUGUCAUCCAGCUUCUUCAUAUAAAAAGCAACAAAUACCUUACAGUGAAUAAGAGAUUACCAGCCUUGUUGGAGAAGAAUGCAAUGCGGGUCUCUCUGGAUGCGGCAGGGAAUGAGGGAUCCUGGUUUUACAUCCAGCCUUUUUGGAAACUGAGGAGUGAAGGUGACAAUAUUGUUGUGGGAGACAAAGUCGUAUUAAUGCCAGUCAAUGCUGGACAGCCACUUCAUGCCAGCAACAUAGAACUACUUGAUAACCCAGGAUGCAAAGAGGUAAAUGCUGUCAAUUGCAAUACCAGCUGGAAAAUAACCUUGUUCAUGAAAUACAGUUGCUACAGAGAAGAUGUACUUAAAGGCGGAGAUGUUGUCAGAUUGUUUCAUGCUGAACAGGAGAAGUUUCUGACCUGUGAUGACUACCAGAAGAAACAACAUAUAUUCCUUCGCACAACAUUACGUCAAUCUGCCACUUCAGCAACAAGCUCUAAAGCCCUGUGGGAGAUAGAGGUGGUGCACCAUGACCCAUGCCGGGGAGGAGCAGGACAGUGGAACAGCCUAUUCAGAUUUAAACAUCUGGCAACUGGAAACUACUUGGCUGCAGAGCUUAAUCCACACUAUCCAGAUGGCAGUAGUGGAGAAAAGGCUGUGCAAAAAGACAAUGAACUUCUUACUUCGAAAAAGAAGGCAGGGGAGAAGAUUAUGUAUACUUUGGUGUCUGUGCCACAUGGAAAUGACAUUGCUUCUCUUUUUGAACUGGAUGCGACCACUCUUCAGCGAGCUGACUGCCUGGUUCCAAGGAAUUCAUAUGUUCGACUGAGACACCUUUGCACAAACACGUGGGUCACUAGUACCAGUAUUCCAAUAGACAAAGAUGAAGAAAGACCUGUAAUGUUAAAGAUUGGAACCUGCCAAACAAAAGAAGACAAGGAAGCAUUUGCUAUUGUGUCUGUGCCUCUGUCUGAAGUUAGAGAUCUGGAUUUUGCUAAUGAUGCCAACAAAGUUUUAGCAUCAACAGUAAAAAAGUUAGAAAAUGGCUCUGUAACUCAAAAUGAAAGGAGGUUUGUAACCAAGCUGUUGGAAGAUCUCAUUUUCUUCGUUGCUGAUGUGCACAAUAAUGGCCAGGAGGUUUUGGAUGUGGUAGUCAUUAAGCCCAACCGAGAAAGGCAAAAAUUAAUGAGGGAACAGAAUAUAUUGGCACAGAUAUUUGGAAUCUUAAAAGCUCCAUUUAAAGACAAAGCAGGAGAAGGAGCCAUGCUGAGACUUGAAGAUCUGGGUGACCAGAGGUAUGCUCCAUACAAAUACAUGCUGAGGCUUUGUUACAGAAUCCUCCGGCAUUCCCAGCAGGACUAUAGGAAAAAUCAGGAAUACAUUGCUAAGAACUUCUGCGUCAUGCAGUCCCAGAUCGGCUAUGAUAUCUUGGCAGAAGACACCAUCACAGCUUUGUUGCACAACAACAGGAAGCUACUAGAGAAACAUAUCACAGCUAAAGAAAUAGAGACAUUUGUAAAUUUACUCAGGAGGAAUCGAGAGCCAAGGUUCUUGGACUAUCUAUCAGACUUAUGUGUUUCUAAUACAACUGCAAUACCAGUCACUCAGGAACUUAUUUGUAAAUAUAUGCUGAGCCCAGGAAAUGCUGACAUUCUUAUUCAGACCAAGUUGGUUUCCAUGCAAAUGGAAAACCCGUUGGAUUGUUCUGUCCUCUCCGAUGACAUGGAUGAAGAAGAAGUUUGGCUCUACUGGAUUGAUAGCAACAAGGAACCUCAUGGUAAAGCAAUCAGGCAUCUUGCACAAGAAGCUAAGGAAGGCACCAAAACUGAUUUAGAGGUCCUGACGUACUACAGGUAUCAAUUAAACCUUUUUGCCCGGAUGUGCUUGGAUCGCCAAUACUUAGCUAUUAACCAGAUUUCUACACAGCUCUCCGUGGAUCUGAUCCUACGCUGCAUGUCAGAUGAGAGCCUGCCUUAUGACUUGAGAGCCUCUUUCUGCCGCCUCAUGUUACACAUGCAUGUGGACAGAGAUCCUCAAGAGACAGUGGUACCUGUGAAGUAUGCCAGGCUGUGGACUGAAAUCCCUACCAAGAUUACAAUUCAUGAGUACGACUCUUUCACAGACUCCUCACGGAAUGACAUGAAGAGGAAAUUUGCUUUGACAAUGGAAUGUGUGGAAGAGUACUUGAAAGAAGUUGUGAAUCAGCCCUUUCCUUUUGGAGACAAACAGAAGAACAAACUAACCUUUGAGGUGGUGCACCUGGCUCGCAAUCUCAUCUACUUUGGCUUUUACAGUUUUAGUGAACUACUCAGGUUAACCAGAACGCUAUUGGCUAUUCUCGAUAUUGUGCAAGUGCCAAUGUCAACCUACCUUGAAAGAUUAAGCAAAUUUCAGGAUGGAGGGAACAAUGUUAUGAGGACUAUUCAUGGUGUAGGAGAGAUGAUGACUCAAAUGGUUCUCAGCAGAGGUUCUAUCUUUCCUAUUUCUGUUCCUGACGUGCCCCCAAGUGCCCAUCCAAGCAAGCAAGCCAGCAUUGUAGAAAGUGAAGAUGUCACUGUGAUGGAUACCAAGUUAAAAAUCAUUGAGAUUUUACAGUUUAUUCUUAGUGUUCGACUUGACUACAGAAUAUCCUAUAUGCUGUCUAUUUACAAGAAAGAAUUUGGCGAGAGCAAUGAAAAUGCUGAUAGCUCCAUAAUGUCUCCACCUGAUUCACCAGCUGUCACUCCAGCAGUUGUUCCUGAUAUAGAUGAAAUUGCUGCUCAAGCAGAAACUAUGUUUGCUGGCAGGUGAAAAAAAAAUGCAGUGCAGCUGGAUGAUGAAGGGGGCAGGACAUUUUUGCGGGUCCUCAUUCACCUUAUUAUGCAUGACUACCCUCCUUUGCUUUCAGGAGCCUUGCAUCUGCUCUUCAAACACUUCAGCCAACGAGCCGAGGUUUUGCAAGCAUUUAAACAGGUUCAGUUGCUGGUGUCUAAUCAAGAUGUGGACAACUACAAACAAAUUAAAGCUGAUCUUGACCAGUUGAGGCUUACUGUAGAAAAAUCUGAACUUUGGGUUGAAAAGAACAGCAGUUAUGAGAGUGGACAGCUUGGUGAAAGCCAGACAAAGGGAAGCGAUGAGCCCAAUGAGGAAUCCAAUAUGUUGAGCCCAGUCCAGGAUGGAAGUAAGAAGCCUCAGAUUGACAGCAAUAAGAGUAACAACUACAAUAUUGUUAUGGAGAUUUUGAUCCGUUUAAGCAAACUCUGUGUCCAGAAUAAAAAAUGUCGAGUUCAACAGCAAAGAUUGCUUAAAAAUAUGGGAGCACACAGUGUGGUAUUGGACCUUCUGCAGAUACCUUAUGAAAAGACUGAUGAAAAGAUGAAUGAGAUUAUGAAUUUGGCUCAUAUGUUUCUUCAGAACUUCUGUCGUGGAAAUUCUCAAAACCAAGUUCUCCUUCAUAAACACCUCACCUUAUUCUUAACACCUGGUCUCCUUGAAGCUGAAACCAUGCGCCACAUAUUCACAAACAAUUACCAUCUGUGCAAUGAAAUUAGCGAGCGUGUGGUGCAGCACUUUGUGCAUUGCAUCGAGACGCAUGGUCGCCAUGUGGAGUAUCUACGCUUUCUCCAAACCAUUGUGAAAGCAGAUGGCAAAUAUGUGAAGAAGUGUCAAGAUAUGGUCAUGACAGAGCUAGUCAAUGGGGGCGAAGAUGUGCUGGUAUUUUAUAAUGACAGAGCAUCAUUUCCAAUCCUCCUCCAAAUGAUGUGCUCUGAGCGAGAGCGAGUGGAUGAGAGUGGGUCUUUGGCUUAUCACAUCACCCUGGUAGAAUUGCUAGCUGCAUGUACAGAAGGGAAGAAUGUCUACACUGAAAUAAAAUGUAAUUCCCUCCUUCCAUUGGAUGACAUAGUGAGAGUGGUGAUUCAUGAUGAUUGCAUACCCGAGGUGAAGAUUGCUUAUGUGAAUUUUGUCAAUCAUUGUUAUGUGGACACUGAGGUGGAAAUGAAGGAAAUCUACACCAGUAAUCAUAUUUGGAAGCUAUUUGAGAACUUUCUUGUGGAUAUGGCAAGGGUUUGUAACACAACCACAGACAGAAAGCAUGCUGAUGUAUCUCUGGAGAAAUACGUCACAGAACCAGUAAUGAACAUAGUCAGUGGCUUCUUCAAUUCUCCAUUUUCAGACAACAGUACAAGCCUGCAAACACAUCAGCCUGUUUUUAUUCAGUUGCUCCAGUCUGCAUUUAGAAUUUACAACUGCACCUGGCCAAAUCCAGCACAGAAAUCUUCAGUAGAGUCUUGUAUCAAAACUUUAGCUGAAGUUGCAAAAAACCGUGGAAUUGCUAUUCCAGUUGAUUUGGAUAGUCAAGUCAACACGUUGUUCAUGAAGAGUCACUCCAACAUGGUCCAGAGAGCUGCGAUGGGCUGGAGAAUGACUGCUCGCAGUGGUCCUCGCUUUAAAGAACCUCUUGGAGGGCCUGCCUGGGACUACAGGAAUAUCAUUGAGAAAUUACAGGAUGUGGUGGCCUCUUUGGAGCAACAGUUCAGUCCUAUGAUGCAUGCUGAAUUUUCAGUCCUAGUUGAUGUACUCCACAGCCCUGAACUUCUUUUUCCUGAAGGGAGUGAUGCUAGAAUUAGAUGUGGGGCUUUUAUGUCAAAGCUGAUAAAUCAUACAAAAAGACUAAUGGAGAAAGAAGAAAAACUUUGCAUUAAAAUUCUCCAGACUCUGCGAGAAAUGCUGGAAAAGAGGGACAGUUUUGCGGAAGAGGGCAGCAACCUAAGGAAAAUACUUCUCAAUCGCUAUUUUAAAGGUGACUAUGGAAGCAGCGUCAAUGGCCCUCUCUCUAGUAACUUUGGUAAAGCCAGCCAAGUAGGAGGUAGCUUUUCAGGGCAAGAUUCAGAUAGGUCUGGUGUGUCAAUGCAUGACAUUCAAUGUCUUUUGGAUAAAGAAGGAGCAUCAGAACUUGUCACGGAUGUCAUAGUUAGUACCAAAAAUGACAGGAUAUUUUCUGAAGCUAUCUUACUUGGUAUUGCAUUGCUUGAAGGUGGAAACACGCAGAUUCAGUAUUCCUUCUUUCAGCAACUGAAUGAGCAGAAAAAGUCUGAAAGGUUUUUUAAAGUUCUGUAUGAUCGGAUGAAGACUGCCCAGCAGGAAAUCCGAUCCACAGUAACAGUAAACACAAUUGAUUUGAGCAGCAAAAAGAAAGAGGAAGACAAUGAUCUCACAAUUACGGUUCCAAAAAAGAGAGUAAGAGAUUCAAAUCUUCACCUGAAAGAAGGCAUGAAAGGACAAUUAACUGAAGCCUCCACAGCAACUUCUAAAGCUUACUGUGUGUACCGCAGGGAAAUGGACCCAGAAAUUGAUCUUAUGAGUGCAGGAACAGAUGCAGGAAAUGCAGAAGAAAAAUCUUCAGAAGAAAUAACAAUGAGUCCUGCCAUUGUAAUCAUGCAGCCAAUCCUGAGGUUUCUUCAGUUAUUAUGUGAGAAUCACAAUAGAGAACUUCAGAACUUUUUAAGGAAUCAAAACAACAAAACCAAUUAUAAUCUAGUAUGUGAGACACUUCAGUUUUUGGACUGUAUUUGUGGAAGUACAACAGGUGGGCUAGGACUUUUGGGGCUGUACAUCAAUGAGAAGAAUGUAGCUCUGGUGAAUCAAACACUUGAAAGCUUGACAGAGUAUUGCCAAGGCCCAUGCCAUGAAAACCAGACCUGCAUAGCUACACAUGAGUCUAAUGGCAUAGAUAUUAUUAUUGCCUUGAUUCUAAAUGAUAUCAAUCCUCUUGGAAAAUACCGGAUGGAUCUAGUGCUUCAACUGAAGAAUAAUGCCUCCAAGCUUUUGCUGGCUAUUAUGGAAAGCAGGCAUGACAGUGAGAAUGCUGAGAGAAUCCUUUUCAACAUGAGACCAAGAGAGCUGGUGGAUGUAAUGAAGAAUGCAUACAAUCAGGGUCUUGAGAGCGACCAUGAGGAGGAGAGCGGAGAUGAUAGUAUUUCACCAAAAGAUGUUGGACACAAUAUCUAUAUAUUAGCUCAUCAGUUGGCUCGCCACAAUAAAGUACUGCAGCACAUGCUUAAACCUGGGUCUGAUCCAGAAGAAGGGGAUGAAGCUUUGAAGCACUACGCAAAUCACACAGCCCAGAUUGAGAUUGUCCGUCAUGAUAGAACGAUGGAACAAAUAGUCUUCCCUGUGCCAAAUAUUUGUGAAUUCCUCACACAUGAAUCCAAGUGUCGUGUGUUUAACACUACGGAAAGAGACGAACAAGGAAGCAAAGUGAAUGACUUUUUCCAACAGGCUGAGGAUCUGUACAAUGAAAUGAAAUGGCAAAAGAAAAUCAGGAAUAAUCCAGCUCUGUUCUGGUUCUCGCGACACAUAUCCCUCUGGGGAAGUAUAUCUUUCAAUCUGGCUGUUUUCAUCAAUCUAGCAGUUGCUCUUUUUUAUCCAUUUGGAGAUGAUGGAGAUGAAGGCACUCUUUCUCCAUUAUUUUCAGUUCUUCUCUGGAUAGCAGUGGGCAUCUGCACAUCCCUGCUUUUCUUCUUCUCUAAACCUGUGGGUAUUCGCCCAUUUUUAGUGUCUGUAAUGCUCAGGUCCAUAUAUACUAUUGGACUUGGGCCUACAUUGAUUCUUCUUGGUGCUGCUAAUCUUUGUAACAAGAUUGUAUUUUUGGUGAGCUUUGUCGGAAAUCGUGGCACAUUUACUCGUGGGUACAGAGCAGUCAUCAUGGAUAUGGCAUUUCUCUACCACGUGGCCUAUGUCCUUGUCUGCAUGCUGGGCCUAUGUGUGCAUGAAUUCUUUUACAGCUUCCUGUUGUUUGACUUGGUGUACAGAGAGGAAACUUUGUUGAAUGUUAUUAAAAGUGUUACACGGAAUGGGCGCUCCAUUAUCCUGACUGCGGUCCUAGCUCUCAUCCUUGUCUAUCUUUUCUCCAUUGUUGGAUUCUUGUUCUUGAAAGAUGACUUCAUUAUGGAGGUAGAAAGGCUGAAAAACAGAACACCCAUUGAAGAUAGUGGCACAUAUCCCACCACAAGCUUAACAACAAUGGACACAUGUUCAAGACAGAACUGUACUACUACAAUCACAGCUGUACAGUCAGAUGGAGAAGCGGAUGAAGAUGGGAUUGAGAGGACCUGUGACACUCUAUUAAUGUGUAUUGUGACAGUAUUGAACCAAGGUCUGAGGAAUGGCGGUGGAGUAGGGGAUGUGCUCCGAAAGCCUUCCAAAGAUGAACCACUCUUUGCUGCUCGAGUUGUUUAUGAUCUUCUGUUUUACUUCAUUGUCAUAAUUAUUGUCCUGAACCUCAUCUUUGGAGUUAUCAUUGAUACAUUUGCGGAUCUCAGAAGUGAAAAACAGAAAAAAGAGGAAAUCUUAAAGACAACAUGCUUCAUCUGUGGACUUGAGCGAGACAAAUUUGAUAACAAGACCGUUUCAUUUGAAGAACACAUAAAGUCUGAGCACAAUAUGUGGCACUACCUGUACUUUAUAGUUCUUGUUAGAGUGAAAGAUCCAACAGAAUACACCGGUCCUGAAAGUUAUGUGGCUCAAAUGAUCACGGAAAAGAAUUUAGACUGGUUCCCUCGAAUGAGAGCUAUGUCCCUGGUCAGUAAUGAAGGUGACAGUGAGCAGAAUGAAAUCAGAAACCUCCAAGAGAGAUUGGAGUCUACCAUGAGUUUGGUCAAGCAGCUGUCUGGUCAACUGGCUGAACUUAAAGAACAGAUGACAGAACAAAGGAAAAACAAGCAGAGGCUGGGCUUUCUUGGAUCAAAUGCACCCCAUGUGAACCAUCACAUGCCACCACACUGAUACCAUGGGGGGAAGCCGUGACUAGCCUUUCAUCAGUAUUCACGCUUGACUACAGAACGAGAUUGGAGGUGCUGAACAGCGCCUAUUGUUAUGAAGUUACAAACAACCGAGUGCCAAGAUGUUAAGUGGUUUAGCUCUGGGAACAAUUUGUAACUGUUUUUUCACGGUUGAAAGGGGCCACGGGCUUGAACAUUACAGAUAAUGGGGUGCGGGCACGUCUGCUUCUUUCCUCAGGCAAACAUAAAAAAAGAAUGUGGCCUUGGUUUACACUCUCUUGUAAUUCACUUGGCUUCUUCGGGGAGUGUCGGCAGAUGCAGAGGCGAGAUAGAAUUUGGCUCUUUAUUUUGACUGCUGUCAUAAGAAUGCUUGUAAAACUAAUGGAGCAAAUAGGGGACAGGGAAGAUAGUUUAUUAACACGGCGUGCAACAGCCUUAUUCAGAAUCUGUAGAAGUUCUGUGUUGCAUUUACUGGCCGACAUCAUUUGUCACGUUUGCUUGGCAUUUGCUUUUCUAAAAAUGACCGUAAAGACGGCAUUGGAGAGAGUCAUAAUAUUAGAGCAGAUUAGUUUGCCUUGGAAGGAGGGACAAAGCUUUCCUCAAAAACAGAAGUUUGUUUUUCAAAAAAGAGGGUGUAGAGACAAGUUGUGAUGUUAUGAGAGUUUUAGCUCUCAGCUCUGCAAAUCUUUAUUUAUAAAAUAGAGCACAAUAGAUCUGCAGCUCGGAGAACUUGAAAUGUAUUCAUGUAACCACUGACAACAUUAACUGGAAAUGUUUUCUUUGCUCCUGGAUUUAGAUGUUCCUUAUUAAUGGAGCUGCAAGUGGAGAUUUCACCUCAUGGUGAUCUUUAACUGUUUUAAAAUUCAUGUUCCACAUUAAGGACUGAGGAGAGAAAAUAAGAUAUUUUAUAACUAGUAGCAAAAAUUAAUUUCAGGAAGACAAACAGCUUUGAGAUGAUUUUCCAGAAAGAACUGAAAUGGGAUCAUUACUGUGUGCUUAAACCACACAGAGAAGCUACGUGGCAUAGAUCCCCUGCCUCUUCUCAUUCAGUUUCUGUGCAAUAUUUUCCUCAGAGAAGAUUCCUGCAUGCAUUGAACUUCCGUUGACACAGGAAUGGACUGUUUCAUUAUUCUCCACCUUCUCAUCCAUUAGACUGUGACCAUCACUGGAGAUAAGGGCUGGUUUGAAAACAGAAUAUUAAUCCAGCAUUGCACAUUUCAGGUCGACUUCCAGAGUUAUGAGAGAAACAGGACUCUGGGUUCUGAUUCAGAAUCAGGGUUUUACAGUUUCUCAGUCAAGGAUGCUUUUCACUCACGUUCUUUUCUUUUUUUACUGCAAUAAGCCUGGAGAUUUCAAGGUCUAGAAUCUAUAAAUGGAAGUAAAAUGCACCCAAUUCACACUAGUUUUCAUUAAAGCCUGGUCUUUCAUACUUCUGUCUCUCUGCUUUAAGCUUUUAAAUAAAAAUGCUGAAGAGGAA